UUUAUUUUACGUUAACGGUUAACGUUGUCUUUCUAUUUUUAUAUAAUUACUCAUGGGGAGCUGACCGAUACAAACACUACAAUUUUAAAUUUAAAUAAAUGGACAGAGACUUGCAACAGGCUGGCCCUAGUGGCAUGUCAGAGUCCACAGACCCAGAAAAUAGGGAUAAAAAGACUACUGAAGAAGCUCAGCAACCUCUUAGCCCAAAUGCAUUGAAGUUAGCUGCAGCGGAUUGUUUAAACAGUUGGAUUUAUUACUUACAAAUGUUAAAUAACAUGUGCUCAGCUGGAUUGCGCCUCUCACAGUCCCUAACGAAUUUAUCUCAAAUCCAAAACAUUCCGCUAGCUUUACAAUGCCAGGCAAGUUGGGAAGAAUUGACAAAAUCUACAGUUUUUGCAAGCAAUUCAGUAAAGACCCACAUAGCUGCAGCAAUGCAAGAUAUGAGCAUCGGAGACACCUUUACCGAAGGCGAUGCUCAGAGGCAACAAGAACACAAUCAACAAAUUAUUACAGAGAAUCUCUUGACUUUUAUUAAUCUCCAUUACCAGUUUUCCAUAGCUGGAUGUGAAAAUUUUGGUUCUAUGGCAAUGUGUCCUUCCUGCCAUACUGCCCCUGGUGGUAUUCAUAACUCGGAUUGCACAUUAGCAGCUUUGCAACAAUGCUUUAAUAAGUUGUAUCCCCACGAAAUGUCGUCUCAGAGGUCCAGUCCUCAUCUGCCGACAGAUCGGAGCACAGAUAGUCCUAAGAGCCUGGACACUCCAAAGGGCGAAGCUCCAAGACAGCAGAGUCCUCUGGCCGAAGCUCGAGGACACUCGCCUUAUUCUGAAGCUGUUCACCGAGGCCAAAGUCCUAUUCACGGCUUUUCGGAAGCAGCACGAGCACCUGGCACUCUUGAAAACUUGAGAGGACCUUUUCCGACUCCUGGCCAAUUACACACUAUGAAGUCUCCUUUUCCUGGACGUGGUUCUAGGUCACCUUUACAUUUUCCCUUAUUUCCACUGAACUGCCAAAGACGAUGGUCGGAGGCGGCUGCGGUGGAAGCAGCAGGGGACAGCGGGGAGGGUCUUAUGCGUAGGUGGUCGAUGCCGUGGGAUACGGCUUGGAACGAGGGGGGACCGUGGCAACAAAGAUACUUGCCAUCUAAGUUGAUUGUUCCCCCAGGUAACUCUCAAGAGAGAAGCAGAAGUACCACUCCAGAAGCAGUUCCUCCACCUCCGCCACUUCCGACACAAUCGUCUGGACCUGGAAUAUUACCGGGCGGAGACGGUUUAGCUGAGGCCAUACAGUUGUUAUCGUGUAGACCGGCUCGGUCUUCUAUCCCUCAAACUGCAGGACAUCCAUAUAUAACUCAUUGGGGAGAGACCCAUGAGGAACGGAUGCACAGGAGAAUGUAUCCUGGACCGGCAUCUCAAAGGGGCAACUGGCAGUCCAUCGAUGUUCCUCACGCUAGUGGCAUGUCCGUGACGGAACACUAUGAUAUCUUUCCACCCGGGCUUCCUCUUACUUCCAGGAAAAGCAGCUCCUCGACUGAUUCUUCCUCUUGUCUUUCCAUUCACAGCCGUUCAACGACCAGUUCUUCCGAACGGGGAUCGGCAAGCGAAGCCAGUGGACCAGAGGCCAUGAGACUUCAUACUAAUUUGUACUCCAUGUGGAGUGGCAGCGAACACCUACCAUUCAUACGAUUGCCAGAAUCUCAAGAACCGCAAGACGAUAGCGAUAACGAUGAUCCACCGACAGAAAAAAGCGGUAGCGUCCUUUUCCCGAAGCCGACAUAAUAUGCACUAAUAUGCAGUCACCAUACAACUUUAUAUUCAACUAAAUGUUGGUAUUCCAUGAAUUUAUGUCUACAUAUUCCAACGAUGUGUAACACCAAAUUGUACGUUUACACACCUGCUGCUGUUCAGUGGUAUUAAUAAUACCCCGAUAUAAUGCUCAUAAUAGACUAGACAUGUAUGUGGUUCUAAGUUGAUUCCAUUAUAGAUGAAUAUUUUUUUAUUUUUUCAUAUCUAGCGUACACAGGAUGUUGAGCUAUUCUUAAGAGAAAUAAUUUUAAAAAAUGUAAUUUUAAUGAGUUACAAUCGAUACAAUUCUUUCCCGAUUUUUUAUUAUCUCAUCUCUGAAUCUCUGAUCAGAAAAUAAUACGAACUUGUUAUUUUGUAUACGUAUUUUUGUCAUUUAACAAAACAUUUAUAGUUACGUAAGUUAUAAUUUUAGUAAAAUAUAUUUUUUUAAUAAUAAAUUAUUUCAACAUGUACAAAAAAAAAAUCGAUCUCUUCAAUAUAACUCGAAUGGUUCCUUAUCAAGUUUCUCCUUUAUUAAUAACAUUUAUGUAUAGGUACUCUAUAUGGAUAUUUCAUUGUCCUACUCGCAAGAUUUUAGUAGCGACUUAUUAGAUUUAUUUCAGAUUUUUUUUUUAUACAAGCGAUUUAUUAUACAGGGUGUUUCAGAAUUAUGUCGACAAACAUAGAGGACAUGUUCCUCAGGUCAAAAUAAGUAAAAAAAUAUGCAUAUAAACAUAGAGGUUGGAAAUGCUUAGUUUUCGAGAUACUGGGUGUUCAGAAUUUCAAAAAAAUAAUGAUACCUUUUUAUAUCUUGAAGGUACUUUAAUUACUUAAAUUUGGUGGUACUUUAUGAUUAAUUUAAUUGAAUAGGGGUGAAUAGGUAGUGGUAUGAAAUAAAUAAGUAUAGCAACGUUUAUAAACAUUUAAGUAAACUGAAUUUGCUUUGAAAUGGUAGCAAAUAUGGGAAAAACCCAAGACAAUUUUUAUCCAUAAUAGAAUGCUCAAAGAUGGUACUAGUUCACAUUUUUUUACGGAUAUGUAUUACUAUAUUUGUUGAACUAAUCGUAUGACAUAAUCGUACCUCCUCCACUUGUGUCUAGUUAUACUUAUUACUAAAAAAAAUUGCGGCAAACUAUCUAAUCAUAAUAAGUCACACCAAAUUUUACUUAAAUAUCUCUAUUCGCUUUCAAGAUAAUAAGAAAUAUAAUUAUUUUUCAGGAAUCAUUAAUACCCUAUAUCGGAAACGGAAGCGUUUCUGGUCCUAUAUUUAUAUACAGGGUGUCUAAAUAACACCGAAAAAAU